CAGAUAUGGGUGUUCUUGUCCUGGAGGUUCUGACUAAACUGGACCACCUCCCCCUUGGCAGAGCGCAGAUCACUGGACUGUCCCAGCUGUCUCCCAGCCAUCCCAUCAAAGGCUCUUUUGCUGUGCUGUCGCCCACAUCGGAGAAACUCGGGGAGCUGCAGGUCUCACUGGUUCUAGAGCCUCUGCCAGAGCUGUAUGACACCAGCAGCUCUGUGCCAACCGCAGAAGGAACUUCAGACGCUGCUGCUGCUCAGGGAAGCAGCAAGCCCCAACCUCCUGCUCCAUCCCAGCCCAGGCACACACAGGUGACUGCUGAACAGGAGCCUGUUGACAGCAGCAAAGCCACAACUCUUAGAGGAAAGGACCAUUUGCUCUACCAAGAGAACUCUGAAAACAUGCAGGACACCUUUUCUGCUCCUCGUGCCCGUGUGAUUUUACCAGAUGAACGCUUGAGGCCGAAUCCUUGGGAUCAGCUCCUGCCGUUUCCCAGCAGCACUGAUCCCGAAGCUCUUCCCAGCAGGAAGGCACGGGUGCUCUCCAUGCACAACCCAGCUCCAAAGGACCUGCUGUCAGCUCUCUUGGAUCAAGGCAGUAAACUCCGUGAUGCCAUGGUUGUUUCUGCAAUGAAGUCCAGCCCAGACAUGGAGAUUAAACUGAAUAAAAUCUCUCAUUUUAUAGAGACAGAUGAUUUUAAAGCACCAACAAAGAGCCCAAAAGGCUUGAAGUCCAGUUUUGUGCCCACUCCUGAAGAUUCCCAUCACUUGGGGUCUGAAGUUUCAGGUCAGCAGUUUGGCCUAAACUCUGAAGAAAGAGCAAUCCAGUUACUGUUGGGCAGUGCUGAUUGCUCUCCAGGGCACUUGUGGGAUCAGACAGGCUCCCUGUGGGAUUCUCUGUCCCUGGGCAGUGAGGUGUACGACAGUGAACUCGGUGAUCCCCAUUACGACCAGAGUCUGCUGGAGAGGCUUUUUUACACAGCUCCUAAAUCUGAUUCCAGUUUGAGUGAUUUCCUCAGUGAUGAUGAUAUUAAAUCCUCAAAAAAAGCAUCCAAGACAGAAACCCUCGAAAAAGCAGGUCCAGUGAAUCCACAAAAGGAUUUUCCUGCCUUUGAUCAGAAUGUGACUGAAACAAAACCCAGCUGCUCUCCCAGUGCUCCUCGAGAAGACCCCAGGGAAAUGGCUCUUCUCACACCCUUGGGUGCAGACAGGUUGGCAUUGCUGCAGCAGAUACACCUGGCCAGAGUCACCAUUGAAAGCCUGAGGAUCCCUUCUGAGAGCAUCCAGAUCUCCCCAAGGAGGAAAGGUUUACUGGGGAAGCCUCCACGGCCCAUGUCUGUUCAUAAGUGUACCUUCUUUGUGGAGUACCACUUUCCUGUGAGAGUCUCCAAGGAUGAUGAAGGACAGGUCUCCAUAACAACAGAAGCAAUUCGAGUAGCCUCAAGUAAAAUCACAGAUAAUGUGGUGAAAUUCCAGCAGCGGUCUGUGUUCCCUGUGUGGUUCGGAGGAACGAUGAUCGAGCACUGGUGGGGCUCUGACCUGGCCUUUAAAAUCUACAUGAGAAAAAGCACACAGAAAAAGCCUGUGGCCAUUGGCUCAGCAGCACUUCAGCUCCGCAGGGUGAUUGAGGCUGAGCUGCUCAGUGUCAGCUUGGAAAUACCUGUGGAAAAAGAGGGAGAUCACACACAAGUUGGGCCACUAAAGGUGUCCCUGCAGCUCCUGGCCAGCAGCAAGGACUCGGCGUGCUCAGCCAGGUCAGGCACGGCCGGGAGUGCCCAGCUGGGGCUGCGGGAGCCCAGCAGGACGAGUGCAAGUGCAGAAAGCCCUGUGAGCCCCAGAAGGAGCCCUGAGGAGUCCCAGGAAGCAGGAGGGGGCGGCAGGGACGUGGCACAGCCGCCGCACACCGUGCUGGCCCCCGCAGCCCAGGACGUGGCCACACGCACGGCCCCAGCUCAGGAGCCAGGGCUGCUGCUGCACGUGCUGCUCAUGGUGCCUGAUGGAAGGGAUUUCACUGCUGGAGCCUGUGGGCUGCCCAGUGCCUGCAAUGUGUAUUUAAACUGCAAGCUGCUCAGCACUGAGGAGGCCACGAGGUCCGCUGUCGUCUGGGGCACAGCACAGCCUGCCUUUAAUUUUUCUCAGGUGAUGCCUUUUACAUUGACUCCCAAACACUUGGAGCGGCUGAAGAACAAUGUGAUGAUUAUUGAAGCAUGGAACAAGCUGGGAAGCCCUGGCUGUGAUAAGUUGCUGGGAUUAGUGAAACUCCCUCUGCAUCAGUUUUACAUCUCAUUCAAAGAUCCCAGGGUUUCCCAGCUGCUGCUGCAGGCCCAGUACCCGGUGGUGGCCGUGGAUGGCCACGUGCCCGUGGUCGAUGUUUUCACCGGCAGCACGAGCGGCAGCCUCAGGGUCAUCCUGGCCAUGGGCUCAGCUGAGCAGAUAGUGGCACUGCAAAGGCUCAAAACUGAAGAAGGAAUGGUGCCUCCAGCCACACAGCGUCCUCCCCACUCUCUGGACCAUCCACCAUCCACAAAACCCACAAUGCAGUUGGACGCAGAAGGGGAAGACCUGGUGGAGCAUGUGUUUGAGAUCCGUGUGGAGGGUGUGAAGGGACUCACUCCCUUACAGUCCACGGUCUGGGGAGAGGCUGACUGCUACGUCCAGUACCACUUCCCAGUUCAGGAGCCUGGCUGUGGGGCACUGCAGGCACCUGGAGGGCAUCAGGAUGGCAUCACAUUAAAGCCAUUUAGAACAGCCACCACCCUGUGUGUCCCUGAUCCCAUCUUUAGUGACGAACAUCAUCAUUCCCUGUCGGUUCCUGCUGAUGUCCCAGUCCAGAGGCUCCUGGUCAGUGCAUUUGUGGCACCAGGAGCAGCAGGUGGAGGAAUCCAGUUUGAAGUCUGGUGCAGGUCACUGAGUACAAGAGAAAUAACAGAAAGUGUUUUGUAUUAUUACCCAAAUGUCAGAGACCAGCUGGUGGCCAGAGGGGCCUUGCCUUUGUCACGGCUCUGUGCCAUGGUGACUCUGCAGCGUCGUGAAGAAAUAGGGAUCCAAACCUUUAAUCUUCCCUUGGUGCCCCGGACCGACUCGUCAGGGGAAUUUCAGCUGCGCUCUUCGGGUCUGCUCGAUGUGAGUGUGAGGUACCACCGAUCAGUCAAACCAGCAGCCAGAAUAACUGCUCAAGCUGUUUCACUUUCUGUACAAAUACACAGGGCAGCUGGUUUGCAAGCAGCAGCCAGGGCUGUGGCACAGCAGCACCCCCGCGUGCAGCCCUGUGCAGGGGUGGGGGUGAACGCCUACGUGCGCGUGCUGCCGUCCUUCCUGCCCCGCGCGCAGGCGCGCCGCACGCCGGCCGUGCCCUGCACCUUCUGCCCUGAGUUCCAGCAGCACCUCCAGUUCCUCUGCCAGCUCACCACUCACGAGAGCAGCGGGCAAGCCUCUUCUCUGGGGGAGCUCUUGCAGUCUGCCAGUAUUUUUUUCUCCAUCUACCAUCAGAGCACUAAGUCAGCCACUGACAAACUGGCUGAUAGAACAUCUAGAGAUUAUCUUCUUGGGACAGUCAGGAUUCCAACCAGAGACCUGCUGACAAGAAGAUCAGGUAUUUCGGGCUGGUACCCAGUGACCCUCUCCGAAGAUCCGCCGCCUCCGCGCUGCACGAGCCCCGCGCCGGCCGUCGUGGGAGGGCUGGAGCUCUCUGUCGCCUUUGCCCGUCAGGGGGACAGGGAGCGUGUUCUGGAGGCUGCCAGGCUCCUGGGCUGGAGCAGCGAGGAGGUGCAGGACAGCGAGGACGAGAGCGCGGGCUGGGGGCAGGGUGGCAGCCCGGUGGCUGUGACCGUCUCCACGCCCAGGCUGUGGCUGCCGCUGCGCUGCGUGCUGCGGGCAGGACAGGCGCAGCUGCACAGCAGCACUCGCUGCUACCUCCGCUACAAGCUGUACGACCAGCACGCCACCUGCACCUGGCUGAAGCGGCCCAGGCUGAGUGAUGACGCGCAGAGCGUCACGGUGAACUUCAGGAAACCCAGCAAGGUGACGCUCAGGAGGAGCCAGGGGCUGCUGUGGUUCCUCAGAGAGGAGAAGCUGGAGAUCCAGGUGUGGUGGGCGUACGGCAAGGAGAGUGAGGUGGAAAGACCACUCGAUACAGAUCGUCUUAUCGGAUCUGCCUACGUCGAGCUGGCAGCGCUAGCAGAGAGAUCGCAGGGAACCCUGAGUGUUAGUGGUGUUUAUCCGCUGUUCAGAUGCAAUGCUGCAGACCUGGCAGGAGCCGCCGUGCGUGUCCACGUCAGCCUUGCUCCCACUCCUGCUGCUCUGCCCAGAGCCCCCUGUGCUGAGGAGUGCAGCAGCAGCGAGGAUGAAGGCCCAGGGGAAACCCCUGCUCUGAACCAGCACGUCUCUGACAAGCAGCAAGUGGAGGCUGGGAGCUCAGGGGUCACCAGUGCUGAGCCGCAGGAAGAAGAUGCGAUGUUUCUGGAAAACACAGUUGCUGUCAACAUCCUUGUGGAAAGAGCAAUGCAUCUAAGUUUAAAAGGAAGCCCCUUGACAGAACGAGAAGUAGCAGCCCCCAGUAGCUGUGUAUCAUUUGCUGUUGCUGGUGCAGAUGCUCCAGUAACCACUCCAGUGGUAGAAAAUACAGACUCACCAGUCUGGGACUUCCAGCAGCAAGCAAGAUUAUCCAAAGAGCUUCUCCUGGAUCCACAGCAAACCUUGGUCUUCAAAGUGUGGCAUAAAGCAGAGUCGGAGCGGGUGAUAGGAUUUGCGUCCGUGGACCUUUCUCCGCUGCUGUCCGGCUUCCAGCUGGUGUGCGGCUGGUACAACAUCAGCGACUUCAGCGGGCAGUGCCGGGGGCAGAUCAAGGUGGCCGUGUCCCCGCUGCAGAGCGUCGGCCAUCUCCGAGGGGAGAGGCGGGCCCGGGCCCGCAGCCAGCCAGACAGCUCCUCUGUGAAGGUCAGCUUUCCAGCAUGUCCUAGUGGUCCUGCAAACUUGUCCAAGCAGAUGUUGAAUUCCUCGUCAAAGGAAGUCGGCGUUCCCUCUCUAGAGCGGAGGAGCCCCCCUGGCACACGCAGGGCUCGGCACGAGGAGCACGUGCAGAACGUGCGCAGGUUCCACGAGUCGCUGCAGCAGGCGGAGGGGAGCGCGCGGCGGGCAGCGGGGCCGGAGCCAGCGCCACGGGCUGCCCUGCUCUCUGCUCUCAGAAAAAACUUGAGCGAGCUGGAUGAGGUUCAAAGAUACUUCAGUGAGAAGCUGACUAGGUCUUUCCCUGACUUCAGCACAUCCAAACCAAGCCAUGAGGAGUGGGAGAGUGACCAUCAGGGCUCAAUGAGUAGAGAAGUGGAUCCCAAGGGUUGCCAUCUUUUGGAAAAAUCCAGUCAGUUGGUGUCUCAGGUCAGCAGCCUAAUCAAUGACUUGCAGACUAUAACUAAAAACAGCAAAGAAGCUUCUGAUGUACAUCUGGACAGCGCGAGGAAGCAGGGUGCUGUGGAUGCACCCCGGUGGAAGGAGGAAGGAGCCAGCCCUGGCGUUGCCGGUCAGCUGGAGUCAGACGCGCCCCGCGUCUCCAGCGACACGCAGCAGCCGUGCAGCACUGGGACAUCUGUGUUUGACAGACACAUGCUGCACCAGCUGCUAGGCCCCCUCGUCCCUGAAGAUGAGCAUCCAGUGGGUUGUAGCCAGGAGGACGAAGGUGCCAUUGCCAUCCAGCCACACAGUGAGGAAGAAUACGAAGAGGACGUUAUAGAACCACGAACUCUUAAUGAAAUAACGACCGUGACAGACAGGACGAGCCCCUGGUCCAGUGUGGUCUCUGAAACAGGGCAGGGGGCUGAGCAGCAUCCUCUGGACCCCAGGCCUGAAGAGCAGCACUCCACAGAUGCAGGCCGUUUCCAGAGAGGGAACGGCAGCACCUUGUCCAGCAUGCUGCAAGGGGACAGCCAGAGCGUGCUCAGCGCCCUGAGCCCGCCCGUGAGCCCCCACGCGGCUGGGAACAGUCCCUGGGCAGCAGCAGGAGACUUCCAGACCUUCCGCAGCAGCACGGGAACAGCAGAGAAGGAGCUGCAUCCACCUGCUGGACACAGCCUCUGGAGCAGAGCACUGAGCACUGACCCCAUCAAGAGAAGUGUCGAGUUCCAUGCAGGCUCCGAGGAGCUGCAGCCAUUCCCAGGAGACAGGGGCUUGACCAAUGGAAAAACCACUGAGAGAGGGGAGGAGGAAAACGCUGAGGUUGUAAAUGGAGAUCAUCAAAGCAAAGAAGGAAGUGGUUCUGAUGAGAACUGUGUUCAGAGUGUAUCAGCCCAAGCUGGCUCAGAAAGAAACAGUGAGAGCUUCCCUGAUGACAGCAGUGAAGACCCAGUGGAAGGCUCAGAAAACUCCAUCAAACCAAAAAUGCCUCUAUCUGAUCCUGUUGUUGUUCCCAAUUUCUUCCUUCCACCCCAGGAGAUGGAAGCCUCCAUGAGACUGCUCAGCACUUCUUCUCAUCCUUCCACAUCUCCAGAAAGCAGGAGUGGAGCCGUGCCGGUGCCGGGAGGAAUCCCCUACCGGAGAGCAAACCGCCCCAGGCCCAGCCCCGGGCUCUCGGAAGAGGAGACCAAACGAAUCGCCAGCAUCUUCUCUGCCCAGCUCUCCAAGAGGGAGUAGUGCUGGCCAGAGGCCGGGCACUGCAGAGCUUCCCAAGCCACGGCUGCGUGGCAAAGGCUGAGCCCUCCAGCCAAGGGGAGGUGGAAGCCACGGCU